AUGGCUAAGAAGAAGAAUAAGAAUGUGAGUAGCUUUGUAACCUUUUGUGACCUUCAACCAACUUCUGUUGAGGUUCUUCGUCCAUGGUGCUGGUACUGCGAAAGAGAGUUCGAAGAUGAGAAAGUUCUUAUGCAGCAUCAGAAGGCGAAGCACUUCAAGUGCGGUAUGUGUCCCCGACGCUUGAACACUGCUGGGGGCUUGGCGGUCCAUAUCCAACAGGUCCAUAAGCUGGAACCAGAAAACCUCCCUCGCAUCGAAAACGCUCUUCCAAACCGAGACGGAUAUGAAAUUGAAAUCUUCGGGAUGGAGGGCAUUCCUGCCCCAGAUGUUGCAGACUAUAAGCGUCGCAAGGAGAUCGAGUUGGGUCUGACGGCGGGCAGCAUUAGUGCUCCCCAGGCCAAGAAACCCAAAAUCGAGAAUAAGCCUAUUCCGGAGGACGAGUUGCAGAACCUGCUGGAGCAACACAAGAGGUUGAUGGGAGGCUCCGCAGAGGCAUCCUCCUCGUCUGUUCCCGCUCCAGCGGUAUACGGUGCUGGCCCACAGACGUAUGCACAGCCCCCGAUGCCGAUGCCCAUGGGACCGCCGGGCAUGCCUCCGUUUCCUGGGUUCCCAGGUCCUCCUCCACCGGGCAUGCCGCCAUUCCCUCCUGGUGGGUUCCCACCUCCUGGCAUGAUGCCGCCGCCGUUUGGAGGAAUGCCGCCGCCUGGCGCGAUGCAUCCCCCCGGUGUCAUGGCACCUCCUGGAGUGAUGCCUCCUCCAGGUGCAAUGCUACCGCCAGGCAUGAUUCCACAGCCAGGUGGCAUGCCCCCACCCGGUGCCAUACUGCCUCCAGGCAUGAUGCCACCACCGGGCUUCCAACCAGGUCUAAUGCCACCUGGGCCGGGAAUGACUCCGCCGGGAAUGAUGCCACCGUCUUUUACCCCAACUCCGCCGCGUCCUGUGCCUUCGUUUGUUCCCGCUGCCACAGCACAAGGCGGCGCUCAGCCCGUUGACGUUCCAGCAUCCAAUCCGCAACCGACUGGACCGACACUGCCCCACCCUGAGAGAAGGCAGACCAACCCUCCUGCGAAGAAGGACAUGGUCCUGAUUGGCAACGAGGACGAGCAUGGGGUGGGAGGUGAUCCCAAUUUCUCAGUAGCAAGAAGCGAUGGCACUGCAGAAAGACGCGGACGGUUUCUACAAUCCGAGUUGAGUUCUAUGCGCGUCUUGGCACGUUGCAAUGGACUCACGAAGGAUUGCGCUCUUUCAGCGGAGCCCGCUGGUGGGCCCGUUCCGAAGGAGGAUGACAAGGCCCGGGAAUCUGCACCCAACGAUCUGAUCAAGUCUACCUUCGAAGUCACUGUCACACUCGCAGACCAGCAAGGAGACCCGAAUUCGCCUCUUUUCAGUGUGAAAACAUUCGAGGAGCUUGGAUUACAUCAAGAUCUCUUGAAAGGGAUCUACGAUAUGGGAUUCUCAAAGCCUUCGAAGAUCCAAGAGCGAGCUUUGCCGCUGCUACUAGCUAAUCCGCCGACGAACAUGAUCGGACAGUCCCAAUCUGGCACGGGUAAAACGGCGGCAUUUGUGUUGACGAUGCUCAGCCGAGUGGAUUUUGCGAAGAAGAUACCUCAGGCGCUCUGCUUGGCCCCGUCGCGUGAAUUAGCGCGGCAGAUCAUGACUGUCGUAAAUGCGAUGGGCAAGUUCACUGCUGUGCAAACAGAAUACGCUAUCAAAGACAAUCUCGCGCGCGAUUCUGGAGCUAUUACGGCUCAAAUAAUCGUUGGUACACCAGGGACGAUGUACGACUUGAUCAGGAAGCGUAUCAUUGACAUCUCGCAAGUCAAGGUGUUUGUUCUCGACGAGGCAGACAAUAUGCUGGAUCAGGAUGGACUGGGCGACCAAACUUUGCGUGUCAAGAACCUGCUCCCUCGCGACCACCCGGUUCAAAUCAUCCUUUUUUCCGCCACUUUCCCCGACAACGUGCGCAACUUCGCUUCCAAGUUUGCGCCGAACUCGAACAAGAUCGAACUGCGCCGGGAAGAGUUGAGCGUAUCGAAUAUUCGGCAGUUCUACAUGGAUUGUAAAGAUGAAGGUCACAAAUACGACAUUCUGGUCCAACUGUACAACCUCCUCACAGUUGGCCAAAGUAUCAUCUUCUGCCAGCAUAAAGCCACUGCGGACAAGAUCUCUGUGCGCAUGACUUCGGAAGGACACAAGGUCGCUUCCUUGCACGGCGCCAAGGAUCCUGCGGAGCGGGACCACAUCAUCGAUAGCUUCCGAGAGGGAAAGGAGAAGGUCCUUAUCACCACAAACGUCAUCGCUCGCGGGAUUGAUAUCCUGCAAGUAAACAUGGUCGUCAACUACGAUCUUCCCCUUUUGUAUGAGCGCAACUCGGGCGGGGGCGGACCGGGCGGGAACCAGGACCGACCGGAUAUCGAGACGUACAUCCAUCGGAUCGGUCGCACAGGACGCUUUGGCCGCAAGGGCAUCUCGAUCAACUUCGUACACAACAAGGUGACCUGGGAGCAGAUGGUUGCAAUCGAGGAGGCUACCGGCCAAAGUAUCAUGCGAAUCAAAACUGAUGAUGUAGAUGAAAUGGAGAAGGCUCGUGUCUUUGCUUCUCUUGACCAUUCUCGUCUUACAUCCGACCCAGACUAUGAAAGCAGCGAUGAAGGCUUAGAGAACAAGCAAGAUCAACAGGGAGCGGGGCGGGUAGGCCUCAAGUCAAGGCUGGCAGAUGGUGUAUCGGUCCUGAACAUCCCGCGUCUUUUGACAAGACCCAUGUCCCAUUCCUCAGUGUACGGGGACCCUUUCUCUUCGGCGGCCUCUGUCACAUCGCUUCCGGCUUACUCAGCCCAUGAACGCCCUCGCACCGCCGGCUCCGUGAGACCGCCCACCGAACACGUCUUGGAUCUCAAGGACAGGAAGAAGAAACCGUGGGCGACGUUGAAGCUUCAGAGCAGCGCGCGCAGCUCGAGUGCCUUGCCGACCUAUCUCGAGGGAGAGAAGAUAACAGGAUCUGUCACUCUGGGUCUGUCCAGCAGUGAAAACAUUCUCGGUGUCAGCAUCCUGAUCCGGGGUCAGAUUGUCACUGGGCCGAAUGAGCAGGACCGGGUGUGCUUCCUGGACUUGACGACUCCGCUCUGGAUCAAGGGCGGUUCGACUCCGCGGAGGGAAAACGUCCAGACGCCUACACUUCCCGGCGGGAAACUGAACGGAGACUACCACUGGCCAUUCUCGAUAUCUUUGCCAAAGGAGGUCACACUUCCAGAUCCGCAGGCCAAGCACGGGUCGCCAAAGACGUACCACUUACCCCAGACGUUCUUGGAGCGGAGCUCACGAGCGAGUGUAUUCUACGAACUUUUUGUUCAUCUUGCACGCAGCACGUUUCGUGGGGAUGACAAACUGCAGACCAUGUUUGUGUAUGUUCCCGCAAUACGGCCGUCCCCACCGUCUCGUCUUCGACAGCUAGCCUACCGCCAGAAUGGCCCCUUGCCCGGGCCCGAUCUGGAUCCUGACGGAUGGUAUACCCUUCCGUUGGCAACAGUCGCUGGUACGAUAUUUGGAGCUCGCAAGGUCGAUAUGCAGUGUUCGCUCUCCCUGGCUAAUCCUUUGUCAUAUACACGAGGCAGCGUCAUCCCUUGCUCUGUCACUUUCUUCUGCGACGAUCCUCAGGCGAUGAAUCUUCUCUGCACUCCGGCCGUGAUGAAUGUCUAUCUGCAUCGGCGGUUCAAGUACAUGAAGGCCCCGGCUGUUGCCGAGUACACGACACGAGAGGCUUCGUCGGACUCUUCCGUGCUUGAGGUCAGUCGCGCUGUUUGGUGGCCCGUGGGAGAUGCACAUGCAGGGACGUGUCGGCUGGACGGAGAGAUCCACUUACCAAAGACGUUGAAGCCGUCGUCCAGCAUAUCACAUUUCAACCUCGAGUACCAUGUGGUUAUGCUACCAUUCAAAGCGCCAGGAUUCGUACACAAUCAAAUGAAAACGACACUACCAGUGCGGCAGAAGGUGGAAAUUGCCACCAUCUUUGCCAAAGGACCUAAACCGAGGGUCCACACGCCUCCGAGCUACGAGCCGGAGGUCACUAACCAUUCUUUCACGGCUCCCGAAUACGGGUGGUUCUGAUCUGCAGUCAUCCUUAUGUACCCACCCAUCUACAUAUUAGCACUUAUAUUUCGGCGCACGUCUUGCUUAAUGUAAUCACUGCUGUACUCGACAUUUCUAUGCUUCCCUAUGCCUCCCUGUGUAUUCUAUCAUCUGACAACAGACUCAAUACCACAGAGAGGCGACGCGAAGUGAAAGUCAGGCCGGGCCUGCCGCCAGGUCGGGCCUCUUCAGCUGAGCCCCUUCUGUCUGAAUCCUGCAUUUGACAUCGCCUUCAAGUGCGCCAGACAGUGGACAUCUCGUCCAUGGGAACGUUGAAGUAAUUGUCCCGGGUAGGCUCUUGCUGCAUCGAGGCCGCGUGGGAAACGGGAGCGUAGACUCGGGGGCGUUCUGAGUUGGCUGCGAACAUCGUAGUCACCUCGAUGUCGACCUUGAGCAGGGGGACGACGGAGUCUGCUGAAGGAACGAAGGUCGUCGCCUUAAACGGGAGAACCUCGACAGAGUACUGAGCAUCGGUUAGGCUAUCCGGGACGUCGGUUUCAACGUUGCCGGGAGGUAGAUCUCCCCACUGAGACGUCGAGAAGGCAUGUGGGUCUCUGGAUUCGGCGAGGUUGGCCACCACGUCGCUACGGCCAUAUUCUCGGCAGGAUCAGCAGACAAAUCGGCAUUGGCGUCGAACAUCCCGGUUCGCUUCGACGCGGAGACUAUAGGCUUGAGACGUCGUCGAAGGUAGACCGAGAGAGACUGCGGAGAUGCGAACAGGUCCAGAGCUUGAGCGUCGGUGGACGCCAACGUCAUUAGGCAGGGCAGUGGCGACCCUCGUGUGUAAGAUAACUGCUAAUCAGUCCCGGGGAAGGGGGUUGUUUGUUUGCAGCACUCACUGGUUUAGCCAAAGCAAGCUGAACGUGAUAAUCUCGACCGGGCGCUUGUUGAAUAUGGUCCCCUUCACAUGGAGCGCGGGAAACUGUUUCCAGCCUGCUGUGUCGAUUUCCGGUCCAAUCAGAGGAGUAUUUUGUUGGUACGCGAGCCGGCGUAAUGCAGAAGGAGGGGAAGGUCGCGUCCCCGGGACGUAGGCGAAUUCGGUUUGUAUGCUAGGCACUGAUGAGACCGCGUGUUCCCAUCUCUUCCGGCACACACCCACCGUGAAUUCGUGCGAAAUCGACCUCGUAUUAGUUCGACCACAAGAAGAUAUUGUAUGCUGGUUGGAAACCGUCGUUCGCGGAAUGUGUGGGGCAGCGGAAAGCUUGCGCCGGUGAAAUAUGGUGUCGUGGGGAUCGUAACAGCCUUCGGCAUGUUGAUCGAAAAGUUCCAUUCGUGGUGCCCGCUUAGUUUCCCGGAGAAUCGGCCGCCCGGAUUGCGCGGGUCCCCGUCGGCUUUCGUCCAAAGUGUUGUUGAUACCUCGAGGAAGGGGAACGUGUCCUUGUCGGUCGGACCGGGGAUGAUUUGACCCUUCACCUGCAGACCCGUGGUUAAAACAAGGUUACUCCGCGCGCCGGGAUGAUGAGAAUCUUCGAGAUGAUUGGAUGGGAGGUUGCAUCGCAACGUUGGUCGCCCAGAAAACAACGUGGGGCAGGCAAAAUAACCGAGGAUAGAACCAAUCCGGACUGACUGACUCACGUAUGCGUUGAUGGCGACGAUGCUCUCGGGCUGCGUCAAGUUGAACGUCAACCGCCCCCCAAUCCUGUCCCCCUCGAGAAAGAUAGGAAGUUGCGUCGCAGACUGGGACCGGCUGAUCAGCUUGAGAGUCGCCCAAGGCGGUUUGACGCUCCGCGGUGGAAGGUGGAAGUAGUGCUCUGUCUGGACGCGGAGGGCGACGGAUGAGGCGUAGCGGCUAUAAUUAGGCGGGAGGGCGCCAGCGACCCGCGGCAUCCCCUCGUUGUACGACGGCGGCGUGGUCGGAUCCAUAGCAUUGAGGGUGAGGGCGACGCGCUCGACGAAGCCGUCCAUGGGCCGACCGGGGUGCAAUGGUCAGAGAGCACGGGGGAUCCGAACGAAGCAUACAAGAGGGUAGCUGGCAAAGAUGGGGACUCGUAUGGUCCCCAUCGUAUUAUUAGACAAGCCUGGUGAGGAGGGCACACCGUGCC